AUGGCCGCGGUGAUCCUCGCCAACAUGAAAGGGCACAUCCUUCUCCACAAACUGAUUUUUGUCGAGCUGCUCCUUGCUAUCCCGCACGGCACAUUCAUCUUCAACAAACCUCCUGUCUACGGGUGGUACCUCUCGGUCAGCGCCGUUACUCUCAACAUCUCGUGGAGCCUACAUAAUGUCAUCUCCUGGAUGAAAAACAGGCCCUUUUUCUCGAGAAAGGUAUCCAUAGCAUACAUCGCCACCGUCCUGCUGGUCCAGCCGUAUUGGGUGCUGGAGAUCUAUGCCAACUUUACAUAUUUUAACAACAUCAACAGAAUAUUCGAGGUUACUCGACCGCUGGAACCGCUAUUCCGUGAUCCGUGGUGGAUCUACACGGCCUGCUCGCUGUUCUACGCCAUUAAAUGCAGCUAUAAUUUCGGCAUCGUUGAAUUGGUCAAAGUCAGCCCGCGGCUGGGUAUCAUGUUGGCUUCCAUGUGUCUCUCCAUUGUGUUUAUCAUCGUGGAUACAUUCAGCGUUCUUGGGGUGUUCAAUAGCGCCUCUCUUCCCAUUGGGGUCCAGCCAUUCUGGAAGCUAUCACUCAUUUUCAAAUGCCUCUGCAACACCAUCGUCCUUGAUGACUUCAAGACGGCCCUCGAUAGCAUCCGCUCCUACCAUCAGCAGAUCCAAGCGCGAACCCAUCCGUCGAAUAGCCACAUAUACGGAACGAAUCGCCGCCCGCAGGGCUCGGUUUCAGCGUGCCAGCUCACAUUGGAGGAAGUUGAGGAGGGGGUCUAUGGUAAUGAGGGCCUGCGCGUCACGAGGCAUCUCGCGUAA